ACGUUUUGUGCUGUAAAAUCUCUUCAUCUUUAAUUGUGUGAAUAAUUAGACGUUUUACAUUUUUUCCCUGGUGGCCGCAGUUAAAUGUAAUGACUAUGGUUGUAUAAUCAUAUAUAUAUAUAAAAACAGGAUUUUCUCAUAUUGUGCUGAAAGCGUGAGAAAAUCAAAGGCGUCCGUGCCCCUAAUGGUCGCAGACGCGCUCCGGUUGGAGGCGUCCGCGGCUGAGGAGCCCUAACAGUUAAAGAUCAGCUGCAGCGUUGUGCGCCACGCCUCCCGCACUCGGCACCUGGUUCUCGCGCAGCCCGUCGGUUGCGCUGUUGCGGAGCGGAUUUUCAGACAGGACCGGCGGAAGAGACAAGCACCGGAGGGGGGGGAGAGGAAGAGACACGCGAAUGGGGGCGAGGACGAAGAGAAUGUGACAACUGCUGGAUGCGGACAGAGCGCGUGCGGCUGCCUACACUGCCUUUGGGGAGGCCUCGGCUCGUGCACCUGUCCCUCUCCGUCUCCGCGGCCAGGCGCAGUUUGGGCGAGAGCGACGCUCCUUUAUUUAUCAGGCAGCGGCGCGGGCGCGCACACACGCACACACUCACGCGACACCACGCGCACUCGGAUCGAGCCAGGGCAGGCGGGCAACAUGACUUCAUCCUACAAUCUGGAUUUUCUGCCCGAAAUGAUGGUGGAGAGCCGCCUGCUCGUUCCCGGGGACAGACUUAACGGCACAGCCGGGAAGAUGAACGGGGCGCUGGAGCAUUCGGACCAGCCUGAUCCGGACGCCAUCAAGAUGUUUGUGGGCCAGAUCCCGCGCUCCUGGUCAGAGAAGGAGCUGAAGGAGCUUUUCGAGCCUUACGGAGCCGUCUACCAGAUCAACAUCCUCCGGGACCGCAGCCAGAACCCUCCACAGAGUAAAGGCUGCUGUUUUGUCACGUUUUACACAAGGAAAGCUGCCCUUGAAGCCCAGAAUGCGCUGCACAACAUAAAGACCUUAACAGGGAUGCACCAUCCCAUUCAGAUGAAGCCCGCAGACAGUGAGAAAUCUAACGCGGUGGAGGACAGGAAGCUGUUCAUCGGCAUGGUGUCGAAGAAGUGCAACGAGAACGACAUCCGGGUCAUGUUCUCUGCGUUCGGACAGAUCGAGGAGUGCCGGAUCCUCCGAGGGCCCGACGGACUCAGUAGAGGAUGUGCGUUUGUUACGUUUUCCACCAGAGCUAUGGCACAGAAUGCAAUCAAAGCCAUGCACCAGUCUCAGACCAUGGAGGGCUGCUCGUCUCCCAUCGUUGUGAAGUUCGCCGACACGCAGAAGGACAAGGAGCAGCGACGUCUGCAGCAGCAGCUGGCGCAGCAGAUGCAGCAGCUCAACAGUGCGACCACCUGGGGGAGCCUGACGGGCCUGGGUGGCCUCACCCCACAGUAUCUGGCUUUGCUUCAGCAGGCGGCCUCCUCCGGUAACCUGGGAACCUUCAGCGGGAUCCAGCAGAUGGCCGGUAUGAGUGCUCUGCAGUUGCAGAACCUGGCCACAUUAGCAGCGGCGGCGGCGGCGGCCCAAAACUCAGCCAGCCCCUCCACCGCAAACCCCCUGUCCUCCAACGCCGCCUCCCUGGGAGCGUUGGCCAGCCCAGCCGCGGGCACCACAGCCAGCUCCAAUGCCGGCGCCAUGAACUCUCUGACCUCUCUGGGCACCCUGCAGGGUCUGGCAGGCGCGACCGUGGGCCUGAACAACAUUAAUGCACUAGCAGGUAGCGUCAACAUUGCUCAAAUGCUCUCAGGUAUGGCGGCCCUAAACGGAGGCCUGGGCGGCGCAGGCCUCACCAACGGGACGGCGGGCACCAUGGACGCGCUCACGCAGGCCUACUCAGGGAUCCAGCAGUACGCCGCCGCCGCGCUGCCCACCCUCUACAGCCAGUCCCUGCUGCAGCAGCAAGGGGCCGCCGGCAGCCAGAAAGAGGGUCCCGAAGGCGCCAACCUGUUCAUCUACCACCUGCCCCAGGAGUUCGGAGACCAGGACAUACUGCAGAUGUUCAUGCCUUUCGGAAACGUGGUCUCUGCCAAAGUCUUCAUCGACAAACAGACAAACCUUAGCAAGUGCUUCGGCUUCGUCAGCUACGACAAUCCGGUGUCGGCCCAGGCGGCCAUCCAGGCCAUGAACGGCUUCCAGAUCGGCAUGAAGCGGCUGAAGGUGCAGCUGAAGCGCUCCAAGAACGACAGCAAACCGUACUGAUCUUAGCACUAGGGUCUAUCUGCUCCCCAGGUUAGCACUGCUAGGGUAAGUCCCCCCACAAAAAAAGUGAAAAUGAAAAAAGAAGACAAAAAAAAACAAAAACAAAGCAACAGCAAACCGAGCCACGACCUCUACACAGGGACUGGGGGGUGGGGGAGUGGAGGGGAGGAUGUGGGAGGGAGGGGGAGACGACCUACAACCACCCUGAGGGAGACACACGCCUUUUAGUUUUUUUUUUUACUUGUUUUCUUGUUUUUUGAAGAUUUUUAUGUUAGCUUUCAAGUAUUAUUUAUUACAAUUUUCUUUUUUUCUUUUUGACACACAUGAACGCUUCCAUUACCACCAUUACUUUGUGGAUUUUUGUUCUUUUUACAAUGGAAGGAAGUAGCUAUCUUGUUUAAAGCUUAUCAGUUUUUUCUGACACAGUGAUUAUUUAUACAUUUUUGAGAACUAGUUGCAGCCAGAGCUGAGGUAAAGACAAAGGAGCCACGAUUCCUCUCUUUUUCUUUUUCCUCUCUCUCUCUCUCUCUCUCUCUCUCUCUCUCUUUCUCUCGUUGUGAACCUUAGGCCUGGCGGACGGUUCUUUUGUUUUUGAUUUUUUUGAAGCGCACACUGAUAUGCACAUUCGACCUUUGACCUCCGCGGUGUUGGUUGCAGGCCGCCGCUGCUUCUCCGAACCCCCUCUAUGCCUGCUGGCAACCCGGGAGCAAAGGCUGCAAAACGUUAGUGGCCUCUUUUUCAGUCUAGUCAGUGCCGACGUCAGCCUGCAGUACAGUUACGCUCCACCGUUACAAGAAGGAGGAAAAACAAACUCACUCCCGUUACAUCUUAUUAUUUAUGUGAAAAGCUCAAAAAACACUUUUUUUGUUACUCAGAAGAUGAGAAAACAAUUAGUAACUACUUUUCUGGGUCAGAUCACAUUGGUCUUUGUUGUGAAAGGGAUUUACAGCAUUUUAGAACAUUCACAAAAUACCAUCUAGAAUUUGAUGAAGGCUAUAAUAACAUUAAUCAUAAGAGUUUAUGGGUCAAGGGGUUCACUGAAAAUACUUGAUGUUUGUUGAAAGAUUUUAAAAAGAGAAUUCAAAGUACGGAAAGCCACAGGCCUGUAAAUUUUAUUUGUAAAAAAGCAGUUCUAUUUUUAUACAACAUUUUUACUGCCUCAGAUAAAAAAGGAUUUUAUUUAUUGCCUAUCGUUAAGUUAUUGGACUCCUAUAAAGUAUUCAGUAUCAUUAAGUAGACCCUUGUGGAGACGUCCGUGGUUUUGGGUUCUCCGGUGUUUUUCAUGUUUUUUCAGUGCAGAAGUUACAAAACACUCCGCCACCAUCCGCCCGCACCCACUCUGUGUCAUUCAUUCAUCCAUCCGUUCAUUCAUGAACACACACGCGUCUCUGUGCUGUUCACCCAUCCAUCCAUCCAUCCAUCCUCCUUUCACCACUCUCUCCUUCUCUCCACCGUAGUCGGACUACUUCUUCAUUUGUCAAAUUUCUCCCUUUUUCCUCCUCGCGUUUUUUAAAAAAAACUUUUUUUUAACAAUUUUUUUGUUGUCAGUGUUUCCGUAUUUCGUUUGUUCGUAGCCCCUCCCCGCCCCCACCCACCCUUUGUAAAAAAUGUAAAAACAGAAAGAAAUGAGAAGUCCCCCCUCCCCCUUUCAAGGAAACAUACGACUAUUUCUCCCAAAUGACACCAUCCAUCUGGGAUCUGAUGGAUAAAGCUUUGGGUGCUCUCUGUUUUUUGUGUGCGCGUGUGUGUGUGUUGUUGCCUGUUAGUGUAGCACUAUAACAUUAACAUAAUUUUUGUCAUUACAAAAAAAAAUGAAAUCAAAGAUAAAAAAUUGCCAAUGAACUCAGUGCGUGGUGUUGCUGUUCUGCCGGUUUGCAUAGUUGUUGUUUGUUCGUUGUUGUUGUUUGUUGUUGUUGUUUCUCUUGAUUUUAAACAAAUGCUGUAGUGGUGUGGUGCUCUGGCUCUCUGUGUGUAACUCUCUCCUCUCCCCUGUUUUUUCUUUCCCCCUUUUAGAACAACCCAUCUCCAUGCCUGUUAGCUCAUCGUUUGCCUAGCAUGUCUCCGUGGCGUCCAAAAAAAAACCUUUUAAACAAUACAAAACAAAAAAAUCCCCACCAAAAAAGUGUCAUCGUCCUCCUCCUCCUCCGUCAUUGUUUUUUCUGAUGUCUUUUCCGAGCUCACCUGAUCAUAACCUGGUUCUCCUCCUCCUCCGCCGCCUACUGACCUUUUGAACUUUGAACUUUUAGCUUUUUUGGACUAUGAUUUUAUUUCUUUAUGUUUCAUGUUUUUUUUUUUGGUUUUCUUUCAGUUUGGGUUUCUUUUUUGCAUGUGACCUCAUUUGAGUCUGUUUUUUGAGAUUGUUUGAGGGCGGGAGGGAGGCGAUACAGCAAGGAAGGGGUGGGCAAGAAAAUGAAUCUAUGUGAAAAAGAUAUAAAGCUGCAUUCAUAUGAAAAACAAAAAAGACUGAGAUAUUUAUUGAAAAACAAAUGUUCUUUUUGAAAAAAAAAAUCAUCAACCUGUGGCUACGUGAGUUUGAUUCAGUAUGUUUUCUUGCAUUUGUUUUGUUCCUUCUUUACUCCUUCCUGUCCGUUUUCCGUUCCUUCUUCAUUUAAAGUAAACUUGAAAGUUCACUACAGGAAUUGGUGCGUCGCCUUGCUUCUGGCGCCGGUGAAAAACUCGAGCACGGGCCAGAAGCAGUCCGCGCCAGUUUCUCUGAGAAAUAAGACUACUUCCAAACAGUUUUGAAUAAAAACUGUCUGAUCAAUAUUAGACUCUCUCAGAGCUCUCUAAUGGUUUUUACAUUUUUCAGGCAGUGUAAAGUUUUUUGAUAAGGCCAUUUUAAGUGGCUCUGUUUCUCAUUCAAAGUCUAUAUAUAGAACCACUUUUUUCUAGAGUAGUUUAAAGGUAAAAAUAAAAAAAGACAUUUGCCCUGUUUGGGGGGGAGAAAUGCUACCUACUUGUGUCACCUUUUGCUGAACUGACUCACAGAUAGACAAUCCGUGGUUUAAAUGCACAUGAUGAAAUGACCUAUAUUUUCUACUGUUUAAAUGUAUAGAGGAAAAAAGUAUUACGAUACCUGUAACCCGCGUUAACGUCGGUGCUUCUCGUGAGUUUAGUUGUGGUUUCAUCAAGUCUAACGGUCUUAAAUGUCUCAUGUUUUUCAAGAGAAAACUAAAAAAUCAGUUUACUUGAACAAUAGACAAAGCCUUUCAUAUUACUAUAAUAGUUACUUUGUUUUGUUUUUUUAAUUUUUUUAAGGAGUCCCUCUUUGCUAAAUUUCUUGUUGGUUGAUUAGCUAUAUAAAAGUCCUAAAAAUAUAUAUAAAUAUAAAUAUAUAUCUAUAUAUAUAUAUAUAUAUACUGUCAGCUUGUGAAGCAUCAAUGUCAUUAUUAUUUUAUUUCUCUCGUGGGAAACAAUAUUUAGAUGUGUUUUGUUGUUCAACAAAAUGUCUUAUAAAGAAAAAAAGACAAGAUCAGUGGAGUUUAGUGCCAAAUUCUGAAGGUACUUCCUGCCUAGCGCGUCAGUGUAUUUCUUGUGAAAUUAUUUGAUAACAUGGGUAUUUUAUUAUAAGUGUUUUGUAUGGAUCCCUCAUAUUUAAAAUAUAGAUUUAAAAAAGAGUUUGUUAACUUGCUAUUCUGUGGUCUUGUUGCCUGAAAAUGUCAUGUUUGCUUUUUUUCUUUGUAAAGAUGUAAAAAAAAAAAAGUGCCCAUGUGUCAUAUAUAUAUAUCUAUAUACACACACACACGGACACACACGCAUACUCUCAUGCAGACCUCACAGUUUACUUUGUUGACGUGCAUGAGAGCCCCUGAGCGUGACAGCCUCUCCAGCGACCGCUACAGCCCGCCGGCGUGCACACACACGCACGCACACACACACACACACACACACAGUCACGCACUGAUAUCUUAGCCAUUGUACAGUACGGCCGCGUUACUCAUCGGAGCCUUACGCCAGAUCUUUGCACUCCUGUUGUCGCCCUGUUAGCGCCUCGCGCACACGUGUCCGGCUUCAGUACGUGUCGUUUUGAUUGUUUCCUUCGCCACAAAAAUUGAGGUGAGAGUCAUCUACGAAGCCUUAUUUCUCCAGAUCCUCUUAUCCCUUUUGUUGGCUUUUAAAUUUUUCCUGAGUUGUAGCCGGCGCCGCUUGUCUCGGCAGCGAGCAUCAUUACUUUUGUGUAUCACCUCAGACGAGCUCUCCGGCUUUCAUGAUGUAAGCACAGGGCAAGAUUCGCUCAUUGGAUCUUUUGAGGAAUAGAAAUAAGCACACUCUGCCACUGGGCCGUCAGAAGACAGGCGCAGGAUGGUCCGGCCCAGCUUUAAGUCGUUGUAAGACUCCGUGUGGCGUAAUCUUGGCUAAAUCGAAAUCGUGUUCAGAUGCCAAAGUGUGUUACCGACAUUCUCAUAGUCAAGCUGUUUACAUGGCACGAUGUUGUCAGUCUAUUCAACUGCCCCCGCUCCCCCUCCCUGAAAGCCUAGUUUACGGUCUGCAAAAAAAGGCAGCAUUAUUUUCUACAGAAGCUCACCAGUCGCCUUAACCAGGGAGCGUUGUAUCAGUAUUAUAAGAGUAGAAGAUGUUGUCAGUCAGUGGCUGUGUGCCAAGUCCAGGUUCACGUCUGUGUAUAGUCAGCCUCCCACUUGUCAGAGUCUGGCUCUCGCCUCUUCCGCCAUUUUGCCCGGAAGACUCGAAAUGGCCGCUGGUGCUCGCGGCGGUGGAAGGAUGGGAGGACGCCGGGCUCUCUGUCUGGCCGUUGUCUCCCAGGCCGAGCUGGUUAUUAGAAGCAGGGCUGUGUGGAGAGACGUCUUAUUGGAAUAGCGACAGGGGAAAUAAAGCGCUUGUUGGUUGGAGUGGAAGGGGUCACGUCUGCAGGUCCACACAGGCAAAACAACAGCCGCCGUCGAGAUGAAGGCAAUACAGCUUUCAUUAUCCUCCCGAAGACCGAGCCCACUGCCCGACUUUGUGUGGGAGGCCGGCACACUUUAUCUCCUUUUCUUUCCUAAAUGCAGUACACACACACACACACACACACACACACACGCGUGCGCCGUGCCACAAACAGCCAUAGCCGCCCGUGCGGAAGCGGCUUCCCGACCGGCGCGCGUGCAGGUCCCGCCUCUCAUUCGUCCGGAAUCGCCCCAAAUUCCCCCGAUCUCGCCGAGCGUCGUCCAGUGUGAAGCGUCCCGUGUCCGUUGUCAGUGUCGAAGCACAAGAGGGUCGUAGAAGCAGAGCUCCUGUCGAGCGGCUCACCUCAGGGGCUGUCAUCACCAAUGCUCGUUGUAAUCUUCCUAUCUCGUCACUGUUCACUUCUCUGUUCUCCUUCUUUCUUAAUUAUCUUAAGUGCUAUUUAUCAAACAAUGAAAUCUGAAAGGAAAAAAAAAAGAUCUUGUCGUUUCUUUGCAUUAUGGCUUAUGUCGAGUUUUUUGAGGAAAAAUGUUUUGUGUGUUCUCUCUUUACGUGGCGUAAAACGGAGCUUGUUGUCUGUAGAAAUGAUCCAGUUUUUAUUUUUUUUGUUUCUGUUUCUUUCGAUUCUCAAAAAGGUUUUCAGUAGUUUCAAAGUUAUUGUCUUGAGAGAAGCCAAAGUCAAUGCAUUUCAGUGGAUCCUGUAAGCGUGAUGUAUGUUUGUUUGACAACACUUGGAAAUCUGUCACUGGAUGGGAUUUAAAAAGUACAAAAAAUGCAGGCUUUCCUAUUUCUACAACUGAUUGUACUUAUGCAUUUUGUACCAGUGGAAUUUUUUAUACUGGAGAUUAAAGGAUACAACAAAAAACUCUUAGAAAACUCGCUGUCUGGCCUGGUGGUGUGGCCUGACCCUGACUGGUCCCCGAGUAUGAUUUCUAGCUGGUAUGAAGAAAGUUGGCUUUUGAUAUCAGAUUUUCUAGAAGAUCUUUGGCUUUAUUUCUUUCACUUCUUUUUCCUCACUUGAGUGUUGUUCUUUCUUUCUUUCUUUCUUUCUUUCUUUCUUUCUUUCUUUCUUUCUUUCUUUCUUUCUUUCUUUCUUUCUUUCUUUCUUUCUUUCUUUCUUUCUUUCUUUCUUUCUUUCUUUCUUUCUUUCUUUCUUUCUUUCUUUCUACCUUCCUUUCUUUCUACCUUCCUUUCUUUUGUUCUUUCUUUGUUUUCCCGUAAACGGAGGGUAGGUGAGUGUCAGACCUUUGCUUUAUAAAUAGUUCUAGCAAGUUUGUCUAUACAACAGCGGUAAGUUUCAUUUGACUUCUGUAUUGUGCCGUCUACACGAUAAGACAAUUAUAGAAAAAGAAGGAAUAGAAAUAUUUAGUCACCUUCAGUGGAUUAAUGUAUUAGUUUAAUAAAGAGAUCAACUAAUUAGACUUUUUUGCUUUUAGCUGUUUAGACUUUUCCGGUUUCUCUGUCCUUCUCUGUGAACUAACUGUGUAGCUGAAGCAGUCAGAAUUAUUUUUGUAAACGUAUGUUCUUGUGUGAUGCAGUUUUUUGCUUCUGUCUCCUAUAUUAAACCAUUUUUCCUAAUA